AUGAUAUCUUAUCAGCUAAGUAUUAAAAAAACAAAAUCUUAGUUUCAUAUUCAUUCAUCCACCCACCUGCAUUGAGACACCCUGCAUCAGCAUCUACCUUACACUGAUCAUGGAGAUCCUUCAGCCCUUAAGGGGCCUCUACAACCUGUUGGACAGGGUGAAGAAAAAUAAUCAGCAGUGCCCCCACGUUGAGCAGAGACUCAGAGCCCUGGAGAAACUGAUGCUUUUCAUCCUAAAGAAGGAGCAGGAAGAACUCUCUGAUGACGUCAUCAAGGCUCUGGGGAAACUCAACGAGGUUAUUUUAUCAGCUGCUGAGUUGAUCAGGAAAUUCACAGGGUCAUUCAAGCUGACUCAGGCAGUGAAAUCCAACGACUACAAAUUAGAGUUUGACAACCUGAACAAAAGUCUCACUGAUGCCUUUGUGACUUUGUCUGCGGCUCUGCAUGUCCACCAGGGGAAGAGGCUGGACGAGCAGGAGAACAUGUUGCAGGAGCAGAGGAAGAUGCUGGCAGAGCAGGAGAGGAAGCUGGCAGAGCAGGAGAGGAAGCUGCAACGAGUGGAGUCAAAAUUAGCGUAUGAAUGUCGGGCAUACUACUGUGUUCUGCAAUAAAGAGGAGCAUAGUCCAUGUGGGUGGAGCAGCACUUAGAUCUUUCUGAUCAGUCACAGACACUCAUGAAGAUUAGAUUCUGGAAAUAAGUCUCAACAUCAUGUUUCAGACUCUAAUAAUCAUGCCAACUAUUAAUUCCUUUAUGUAAUAUUGAGAAUUUUUCCUUCAGGAUUUGGUGACAGUGUUGGUUCCUGAUGUUUUGGUGCAGGAGGCAAACUGGCACUUCCAAGCAGGGGUGUAAAUAUAGACAUUGCAUGCAGUGCAGUUGUAGUGGGGCCCCUGAGGUGGAGGGGCCCGUAGAGAGGUCGGGCCCUUGCAAGUGAUUCAGAUUGCCACCUUGGAAAUAUACCCGUGUUCAAGGAUAAAAAAAAAGAAUAUCAUUAUUUUCAAAAUGUGCCGUUUGCUAUAUAUGUCCUCAAAAAGACAAACACACAUCGACGUCAUGGUUUUCUUUUUUCUUUUUUGAAUAGUCAGCAGCGAUCUAAAAGAAAAUUAUAUGCUUUUCUAUAUAAGCUAUAAAAUCUAUAAAUAUACUAUAAAACUAUUCAAUUAAACGAUUAAUCUCUUACUGUCUUUAAUAUUUUUGUCAGACAUGCAGUGAUGAGUGCUGGGUAAUAUGUACGUUGAUGUCGUUGACAAUACAUGUAUGAUAGCAUGGGCCCACAAUAAUAGUGUGCACUGGGGCCUGUCGUAGCUUCC